CUUUGCUGCACCGGUUUUCAAGAGGCCGGGGUCUCCCCGAAGGCCUAUACGCCUCGCUCAUUGCCUCACUCUUGAGCUAUUGGUUAUCCUCAGCGCUUCAUCGGGCGUCAGUAUCCUACUUUACGUCUGCUGAAACCUGUCGAGCUACUUCUAGGCUGAGGCAGUAGUUGGUUUCCGUCCAGGGCUUUGGAGUAGGUAUGGGUGUGGCUUAUGUAGCCUACCAAGUUGUUCUCGGUGCUCCGCAUUGGCAAGUCCCAAGCAGUAGGUAUCCGCUAGUAUUUCAACGAGGGCAAAAUGCCUUAGUCCGAGCGAACUGCGCAUCGGUGGGUGCAUCGCUUCCUUCGGGGCGCGCUGUUCCUGCUUCCGAUCGUCCUCAGCAGCAGCGCGUGCGCCUUGGUGCAUCAAAUGGGAACAGCGCUGGCUCAGGAGGCGGUGAUGUGCGGACUUCUAACGGUGUUGUUACCUCGGCUGCAGUGGUUACCUCGGUGCCUAGCACGCAGCAGGAUUCCAGCAGCAUUGUCGUUACGGCUGUGAGGCCAUCACCGAAGCGGCAACAAACGGAGCCUGCGUUUGCACCGGUGCCCGAGGACGUGAUUGCCGAAUUCGAACACAAGUUAGAAGCAGACCUCCAAACAGUUGGUGUUACUCUGCUUGCUAUCCUUGGCGUCAUCAUCUUUUGGCGGGGUGUAUGGGCAUUGCUGGACCACUUUGUUGGCGAUUCGGUUGUGGGCGAUAUAUGUUGCAUUAUCGUUGGCCUUACAAUAGUCCUGUACAUCCGGCUUUCUGGGAUGAAAAUAGCAAGUUUCUGGCCGCCAAGCUAACGGCAAGCUCUGGACCUGUGUAUGGGCUGCGUGUCGGGUUGGGUUCACCAAAUCGAGUGGAGGGCGAGGGAAAAUAGCUUACUGUAGAUCCGAAGAACAUAGUGAGAGGCCCUGAUAUCCUCGCGGAGUUGGGAACUAGGUUGCGGCCCUGCGCCUUGUCAGCCGAUCGUGUUGGGGCUGAAUUGUGUUACAGCUGAGUGCGCAGGCUUAGUGUUAGGAAACAGAGCAGGCAUGUUGCUAGUGUAAAUAUGACGAAUUAUUUGAUGCAGGGAUGUCUUCAUGUCAUACUCUCGGCGUUGUUCUUGUGUUGCGUAUCUUGAUUGUGUGUCCCAAACCCUUUGAGUUCUUGCCGUACAUGGGGCUGCUGCUGCAUCGCGUAUUUUAUUGGGCCUCGAGGCAAGUCCUAAAUACUUAUGUAUCUUUGUCGUUACGACAUAUUCUUGAGGGUUAAAUGUAGUGUUUACGUUGUUGGCCUUGCAAUUAAGGCCUAUAUCAGAACGAGCAGGGGAGAAUGGUCACUCGUUUUCCCCUGCGAACGAGUGACCGUUUAGACGUAUUUGGGCUUCUCGGUUUGCGUGGUUCUGGUGGUAAAAAAAUGGUUAUGCCCGACAGGACAGUCCACUGUAUAAAUGUAAUGAUCGUAAUCUUUUG